GCAGCUGGCAGGGCCUGUUCCCCACCAUCCGGGAGAGGAAUUCAGUCAUGUUCAACAACGAGACGAUGGCAGACGUUCACUUUGUGGUCGGGCCGCCCGGCGGCACGGAGCGGGUCCCGGGGCACAAGUACGUCCUGGCCGUCGGCAGCUCCGUGUUCCACGCCAUGUUUUAUGGCGAGCUGGCGGAGGAUCAGGAGGAGAUCCGGAUCCCCGACGUGGAGCCGCCCUCGUUCCUGGCCAUGCAGAAGUAAGCCCCAAAGGGAAGGUUGUGCUCCCGGAAGGUGCCGGGAGCCGGCAGCCUGGACACGAGGAUAGAGCGCGUUGAAUGAUUGUUUUACACUUUCUGCCAUUAAAUGUUGAUAACUUAAUCCAUGCGCGUCCGGAAGCCUGUUUUUCCACCAUCUGCGAAGUGCCCAGUUUCAGAAUACUCAACAAGCGCCAGGGCGUGUCCGUGGCCCAGCGGGUCAUCGAGUACUUCUCGGACGGCUCCAGCAGCACCUUCGCCGUGUCGUUCGACUACCCGGUGCAGAUCGAGCCCGACACCUUCUACACCGCCAGCGCGGUGCUGGACGGCAACGAGCUGAGCUACUUCGGCCAGGAGGGCGUGACGGAGGUGCAGUGCGGCAAGGUGACCUUCCAGUUCCAGUGCUCCUCGGACAGCACCAACGGCACCGGGGUGCAGGGGGGCCAGAUCCCCGAGCUGGUCUUCUACGCCUGAGCGGGGCUUUUAUUUUGAAGGGGCGAAGACGAUUCUCCGAGGAGGGAGGGACUCGCGACUUUGCCCCGCUGAGCCUCUGGAGACGGUUUGAUGGGAGCGUGAAGAAGUCUGGAAGCUCCCGUUCCUUCACGCCUCUGUUGUUGUUUGUUUCCAGCGGUUGUCGAGGUCGGGUCAACACGGCGGUGAUUGGAUGAGACGCCCGGGCAGGACGCUCCGUGUCUCGGCUAAAGCCGUGUGUCAGAUACCCGAGAACUCAAAGUGAAAAUGUCAUAUUGGAACAAAGCAUUCCUGACCGAAGACGCCCAGAGAAGGAAGGGAGAGUCACGUGUAACUGCACAUUUAUUCAUGGUGUGAUGGUACAUUAUGAUCAUAAUCCCACACACACACACACACACACACACCAAUCUCUGCAUUGCUUUGUGCUGAUUGGCUGAUCCGACCUCGUGUGAGGAGGCGGGGUCUGAAUCUGUCUGUCUGUCCUUUUGUCACGCUCAAUGUUCCUCAUGAUUAAUCUGUUUACUUUGUUGAUAUUAUUAUUAUUCUUAAUCCCAGAGGUCAGAGCGUGUUCAAACGGUUCGUACGGGAGUUGAAGAAGACGAGUCUCUUCCUCACUUUCCUGCUUGACCCCGACGACGUUUAAAAAACACUUCUCGAUGUUUUCCGAUGCGGGGCGCGGGGCAGGUUGUUCUGGCUCCGUCAGUUUUACGUUAAAAACGUUUAAAUGUCGCUCAUCUGACUUUUUCUCUCACGACGAUCCGACUUUGAAAACGUUCCCGAGACGUCAACAAAAAAAAGACGCAAAACGAAGCACCUGCUUCUGUUUUCACCUGUGCAGGUGUUUCCUGUUGUUGUUGUUCCUCCGUGACACUCGGAGCGUCACCGUAAAGACCCCGUGGGGCGACGUCUACCUGAGCAGACGACAACGCGCCGCCAUGUUGAGAGCCGCGCGGAGGCAACGGACGAGCUCUGAAUUCCGGAUUCUAAAACGAAUAAAUAAUGUAUUUAUUUUAUAUUUGUAACACGAGAACUUAAUCCCACUCCCGACUUCUUCCGUUUUCUGUCUGAAGGAUUUAAUUCAUAACUCUACACUUUAUUUUAAUUUUUUAGUGUGUUUUUAUAGAAUGGUCAAGGAUUCCUGUGCUUUUAUUGUGAAAGACGUGACCUGGUGCUUGUACCACAUCCUUGUUAUUGUCUCCUCCAUGUUGCAGACGUGUAAAUAGUUCUGUGAUCUCUUCUUCUUCUCUUUCAAAGUGGAGGGGAAGAAUUAAAUAAACAGUUUUUAUAUGAUUCUAUA